AUGUCAACCCGCGAACCAAGUCACGCUGGAAGCUGGUAUAGCUCUUCCAAAUCACAACUCUCAAGCCAACUCGAUGGCUGGCUGUCCAAGGUCGAUACUCCUGUCCAGCCCAUCGGUCAAAUCUCAUCUCAGGAGUCUUUGAGCACUUUGCCUGUACCCGGUGCCAGAGUUAUUAUUGCUCCACACGCUGGCUACUCAUACUCCGGACCUGCAGCUGCAUGGGCUUAUCGUUCUUGGGAUAUUCCAAAGGCAAAGCGUGUCUUCUUGCUCGGCCCUUCGCACCACUUCUAUCUGUCCAAAUGUGCUCUCAGUCAAUGCGACAAGUAUGCCACUCCUCUAGGAGACUUGACGAUUGACAGAGAAACAACAAAGCAGUUGUACGAAACUGGCAAGUUUCAGUGGAUGAGCAAGAGCGUGGAUGAAGACGAACACAGUCUCGAGAUGCACCUGCCGUACAUCUACAAAAUGCUGUCCAGGUACACGCCUGCUUCCUUCUUUGGCAACUUACGCAUAACUGACCGGUCCCNNAGAUCCUUCCCCUCAGAAUCUGCGUUCCCAAAACUCGUCCCCAUCAUGGUCGGCAACACAAACGCAGCCACCGAAAAGCAAUUCGGCGAGCUCCUAGCACCUUACCUCAAGGACCCUUCCAACGCCUUUGUUAUCAGCUCAGACUUUGCACACUGGGGCCUGCGUUUCCGCUACACUUACUACGAGCCCUCUUCCGGCAAUGUAGUGAAUCUGUCAGCGGGAGCAAAGCCACCCAGAGAUCCUCCCAUCCACGAGAGCAUCAAGAACGUCGACUUUGAAUGUAUCGAUGCGUGUGAAACGGGUAGUCAUGCGGCUUGGCUUGAUACUCUGGCUGAUACUGGUAAUACGGUUUGUGGAAGGCAUCCGAUUGGUGUUGUCAUGGCUGCCAUGGAGGCAUUGAACAGUCCUGCUAGGUUCAAGUUCGUACGUUACGAACGCAGUAGCGAGUGUACUAGGGUUGAGGACAGUAGUGUUAGUUAUGCUAGCGCUUUUGCUGUUAUUUGA